CGCCGUUGCCGUGGUAACGCCGGCGCCCGGCAGGGGGCGCCGUGGCGCGGCGGAAGAGCCAUGGCGGACUACGAGGCGGUGCAGCGGGGGCCGCUGCGGCUGAAGGGCGGCGGAGCGGGGCUGGGCGCCGGGAAGCGGAAGAAGAAGAAGGCAAAGGACAAGGCCCAGAUCCUGGAGCAGAUCGUGAGCAGCAAGAAGCAGGAGGAGGAGAAGAAGCGCGGCCUGGACAAGCGCACCCCGGCGCAGGUGGCCUACGAGAAGAUGCAGGAGAAGCGGCAAAUGGAGAGGAUCCUGAAGAAGGCAUCCAAAACCCAUAAGCAGAGAGUGGAGGACUUCAACAGGCACUUGGAUACUCUGACUGAGCACUACGACAUUCCCAAAGUCAGCUGGACAAAGUGAACGGGCUGCUUUUCAAGGCUUUGGACCAGGGGGUGUGUUUUGUUGGUGUUAAGCAGGGUUGCCAUGUGAAUGUGUGUAAUCCCCACACCCAUCGUUUAUCUGUCUCCCGAAUGUUGAUGGAUUUGUACUUUUAUUUUGUUGGUUUGGGUUUUGAAACCGAAUGUUUAAGAAAAUCCAUCUUUUCUGACGAGCUCUGAUUUAUGAUUGUGCAGAGGGUUUGGGGGUUUUUAGUGCUUACAGCAACAGUAAGGCCACAAUCGAUUGCUGUUAGCCAGCUGCAAAGGGUUCCUUUAUUUAUUUGGUAUAGUUCUUUUCAGACAUCCAGGCCUGGCAGCCUCUCAUAAGUUUCUCUUGCAAGAGAGAGGAAUUGUAUAGUUUGUUUCCAUCUAGAGGCGGAGGGUCUGCUGUAAUGUGUAACAUUAAUGUCACUAUUAAAAUGCCGCUUUCAUCCUUUUA